GCCAACGAGACUUCCGGCCCCUUCUUCCCAGAGCCCUCCAGAAAGUUCUGUACUGUGUUGCGGCUACAAGAACCAGCCAUCUUCCUUCUCUAGCUCAGAGAUACUCGAGCGAAAGCCAGGGCUGUUGUAACACCUGCUAGACUGUCACCAUGGUUCACGAAACCGGCUACUACGAUCUUUUGGGUGUUAGCCCCCAAGCCACACCGGAGGAAAUCAAGAAAGCCUACAGAAAACUCGCAUUGAAAUAUCACCCCGAUAAGAACCCCAGUGAAGGAGAUAAGUUCAAGCAUAUAUCUCAAGCAUAUGAGGUGCUGUCAAAUCCAGAGAAGAGGAACUUGUACGACCAAGGAGGAGAACAAGCAAUCAAAGAGGGGGGCAUGGGUGGAGGAUCUUCUCCAAUGGACAUUUUCAACAUGUUCUUUGGAGGUGGAGGAAGGAUGCAGAGAGAGAGAAGAGGGAAGAAUGUUGUCCACCAGAUGGGUGUUACAUUAGAGGAGAUGUACAAAGGCACCACCAGGAAGCUUGGACUUCAGAAGAAUGUCAUUUGUGAAAAAUGUGAUGGUUAUGGUGGCAAGAAAGGUGCCUUGGAGAAGUGCUCAAAUUGCAAAGGUAAAGGAGUACAAAUCAAGGUGCAACAGAUUGGUCCAGGCAUGAUUCAGCAGAUCCAAAGCAUGUGUUCAGAGUGCCAGGGACAGGGCGAGAAAUUUAACUCCAAGGACCGCUGCAAAAACUGCAACGGACACAAAGUAGAACGCACUAAGAAAAUUCUUGAAGUUAACAUUGACAAAGGUAUGAAAGAUGGUCAGAGAAUUACAUUCCAUGGAGAAGGUGACCAGGAACCUGGACUGGAGCCUGGGGAUGUAAUCAUUGUGCUGGAUCAGAAGGAUCACCCCGUCUUCCAGAGACAAGACGACAAUUUGAUGAUGACAAUGAACAUCAAACUUGUUGAGGCCCUGUGUGGUUUCAAGAAGACCAUUCAAACAUUAGACAGCAGAACAAUCGUCAUCACCUCACUGCCAGGUGAAGUAAUAAAGCAUGAUGACAUCAAAUGUGUUCAGAAUGAGGGCAUGCCAAUUUACAGAGAUCCUUAUGAAAAGGGACAGCUAAUCAUUCAAUUCCAGGUGGAAUUCCCAAAGAAAGGUUGGCUCCCAGAGCAUCUCAUGUUCCAGCUGGAAAGAUUGCUUCCUCCCAGGGAGGAUGUGAUGAUAACUGAUGACACAGAGGAGGUGGAACUCAGUGAGGUGGAUGUGCAGGCACAACAGAGAAGCCACAGUAGGGAAGCUUAUGAGGAAGAUGAGGAGGGUCCCAGAGGUGGAGUGCAAUGUCAAACACAGUGAUCAAAGUCUGAUAUAAAAGAAAAUGUUGUAGAGCAUGUAUGGGGUUUUUUUUGUUGAUUUGGAUUUUGGACUCUCCUUUACACAAAUGCCAGUGGAGCAUUCACUUCACAUUGUGCUCCCCAAUCUAUCAAAACUGUAUUUUGGUGUUAUUGUUUCCUCUGUUCUGUAUUUAAGAUCUGUGUCUUUUAUAUGUAUGUUUCCUAAGAAAUCUAUGGCACAGACACUUUCAUUUCGUCCGACUUAAAUGCUUUCUGUGAAGGUAAUUUCAGUCACGACAAACCUUUUGGGUUAUUUAUCAAUAAAAGUCCCAGAACGCCUCAACUUU